GCGGCUGCAGCAGCGAGGUAUAGGACUCUAUUCUCAUGAUUCUCAUGUUUGUGAUUGUGUUGCUGGUAGUUUUCUCUGUAUGUAUUGCCACAGGAGGUGGCAAUGUAAAAGUCACAUUCACUUCAUCUCAUGACCCUCCAAAUAUUGCUGAGGGAGGCACUGCAGUCUUUAACUGUUCUUCAAAUCAUUCAACUGUUCUUAUCAGUUGGUUGUUAAAUAAAACAUCAGCUUCAGUAUUUACUUCACUUGGUGUUAUUGUUAAUGGAGGAGGGACACCAGUCUCUUCUCUCAUUAUACCAGGACUAGUGAAUCCAUUCAAUGACACUGAAGUACAAUGUGUUGCAUUUGGAUUUGGUAUUGGUGACUUUAGUCCUUCUUCAGUGACACUGAAAGUACAGGGUAUCCCAGCACCUGUUGAUAAUUUAACACUGUCUUAUGAUUCUUGUUGUUAUAUGUUUUCCUGGACAGCUCCUUUCACUCUGCCUGGUUUUUCUAUCUUGAAUUACAAUGUCAAUGUCACCAGCGAUGGCAUGAUGAUAAAUCAAACAAAACUUAAUGUCUCUAUUAUACAAUGGAAAUACUGUCCUAAAGAGGUGGUCACUCAUACAUUCAGUAUAGCAGCUGUCAAUAAUGUAGGAGAAGGAAAGAUAAGCAACCUGUCUAUGGAGAAAAAUGAAAUCAAUGACACAGAGCUGAUAGAUCAGUAUCUAGAUUAUGAGUCUCAAAAUCACAUAAUUGACAUAAAGAUAUCUGUAAGUUGUUCUUAUCAACAAUAGAUUAACAAUGAUGCUCU